AUGAUGUCGCCUGCUGCGGACUCGCUUGCACUGCUCGCCACAGCGUCAACUACUUCAUCUUCCACAGAGUUGCUGCGACAUCCGAUGAUGAUCCGAAGCCGCGACGGCAUCCGCAAGCCCAACCCAAAGGACGCCCUCGCCAGCAACGUCGCGCCGCUGUCACCUCCACCUAUACAAAAGCUCAAUUCUGAUGGCUCCCUUGACCGCUACAAGGCUAGAUGGGUUGUCCCGGGUUUCAAUCAGCAACCAGGGAUUGAUUUUGGUGAAACCUUCUCGCCCGUUGUGAAGCCAGCUACCAUCCGGAUGGUGUUGAUGGUCAUCGCCUCCAAGCAGUGGCCACCACACCAACUUGAUGUCUCCAACGCGUUCCUAGACGGCAACAUUCAAGAAUGUCGCUGGAGGUUUUCCGCCGUGGCGCCUCGCCGGAGACCUCCGCCCGCCGCGGCCGCCGACGCGUCGCCCUCGUCGUCCCCACGGAAGCCCGGCGAAGAUGCGCCACCGCCCGCCGGGGCCACGCCGGCGGCGGCGGCGGUGGCCGGCGUCGCCCCGUUCGAGCAGGCCAGGAAGGCGCUGUGCGUGCGGUCGCCGUUCGACGGGGAGGAGGCCGCGGCCCGGGACCCCUGGCUGCCUUCCCGGGUCGCCAGAUGGGCGGCGGUGGGCGACGUGCAGAAGAAGCAUAAGAAGGGCCAGUCCCAGCAGCCGCAGCAGCAGCAGCAGCAGCAGCCAGAGCCAGCACCUGCCGUCGAGCUGCACCCGAGAGUGCCUGCUGGGCGCAAGGGCUUUUGGGAGCAGUUGGAGCCGUAUUUCCGCGAGUUCACAGCGGAGGAUUUCGAGGAAUUGGUGACGAAGCAUCAAUUCUGUUCGAGCAAGAUUGAUCCAUGUUUCCUCAUACCUCUUGUGGGCGGUGGCGAGGAGUUGGUGGAGAAUUCGGAUCCAUCGCAUGCUUCUGUGGCAGAUGAGAGCUCGGAUUUGCACUCGAAUUUGGGCAAGAGUAACGAGGAGUUGGAGAGUAACAAAGUGCAGGAUAUGCACGAGUGCUCGGAUUAUGUAGGAGCCAACGUAGAGCUCAUUACUACAGAUGAGAGCAACAAAGAGAAUUGUGAUCAGGACAUGCAGGAAGUGAUUGUGCAGCAAGAGGAGCAGCCGGUUGAGAUUGUGCUAGAUCAAGGCAGAACUGAUAGCAUUGCUUUACCAAGAUGCAGAGAGAAUUCGGAACCUUCUUUGAGUUGGCUCCUAGGAGCAAGGGCACGGUUUGUGCUCACAUCAGAGCGCCCAAACAAGAAGAGGAAGCUCUUGGGUGCAGAUGCUGGGCUAGAGCAGCUUGUGCUCGUUCCAUCCUCAGAAGGCGAGACUGAUUCAAUCUGUGAUGUUUGUUGUUUGGGAGAAAGCGAUCUGGUGUCUAACAGGAUGCUUCAUUGCAAGAGCUGUGAGAUAUCUGUGCACCAGAAGUGUUAUGGUGUGCAUGUUGUGCCAGAUCGCUUCUGGUUUUGUCUUUGGUGUAGCCGGAAUAUGGAGAUGCCACGGAGGUUGACACGGAGUGAUACAUGCAGGACUGUGUUAACGCCCUGUGUGCUCUGUCCAAAGGAGAAAGGUGCUUUGAAACCUGUAAAAAGGGACCCUGGUCCAUCCGCAGAUGGAGGAAACCAAGAAUUUGUACAUUUAUUUUGUAGUCUUUGGAGACCAGAGUUUCAUGUAGAGGACAUGGAAUCAAUGGAGCCUGUCGUCAAUAUAGUAGAUACCCAAGAGAACCAGUCAAAAUUGGUGUGCAGCCUUUGCAAGGUCAUGCAUGGCGCAUGUGUCCGCUGUAGCCAUGGAGCAUGCAGGACUUCUUUUCAUCCCAUAUGUGCAAGAGAAUCCAAGCUUCAGAUUGAGAUCUGGGGAAAGUUUGGCCAUGACAACGUUGAGAUGCGAGCAUUUUGUGCAAAGCAUUCUGCCAUCAGAGGUAUCAGCUCCAUCUCUGAACUGGACUCCACACAAGUUGAACUGCAUGAUGGAAAACUUGUCAGUAGGAGGGAGCAGCAAGGGAGAUUUACACGUGGUAACAAGGACAAAUUUGUGAACGACACAAUAACUAGCAGUACUUGUAGCCUAAACAAAACACAGAAAGCAGAAAUGGCUACAUCCCCAUCCAUGGUUGGAAGCGCAGAAAAUCAAGAAGCUCGAAGCGCAGAUAUGGUUGUUGAUCAACCCACUGCAGAUGGGAAUCUUAUGAGCAAUUCUGGAGAUAUUUCCAGAGGUCUUACAAAGCUAGUUGACCAAGGAAAGGAUAGUGUUGGUGACUUAGAAUCAGAACCAGGUCUUCAUUCAGAAUCCCUGGAAGCUGCUCUUAAGCCUGAAACAACCGCCUUCUCCCCUGGUCUGAACCUGAAAAUGAUCAAGUGGUUGCCAAACUCUGUGCAUGCGCCUUCUGUUCAAGUGAAAUCUACGAAAGAGGGUUCUUUGGCACCGCAAGGAACAUUGCUUGGGAGUGAAAGUAAGAACUCAACCGUUUCUGAACUUCAAUCAAGACAGGAGGAUGGGACCUUGUCGAUUGAUCCUUGCCCCGAAAAGGACAAUGCUAAUAAGGGUGAUUUAGUUCAAAAUGGCUUUUGCAGCUGUCCUGAUCCUCAUGUAAAUAAGGUUUCUGGCCGGCAUUUGCGGAACAUGGAUGGUUACCGCUGCUAUAUUCAUCCAUUCAUAGAGAAAAGGGUGCAAGAUUUGUGGGGUAAUAAUUUGGAGCAAACUAUACAAGAAAAUGAUUAUCAUGAAGAGUUAUGUUGCACUCCUAUUGAUGAGGACCUCGCGAAACUUGGGCAAUUAGAUGACACGGCUGCUGUGGAUCAAGUCUGUAAAGCAAAAUUAUCAUAUAUUCUGGAGCAUUCACCUGAUGACGAAAUAGAAGGGGAAAUAGUUUAUUUACAAUCCAGGCUACUCAAUGGUGUUGUUCCCCUGAAACAGAGAUAUGAAGAUUUGAUACUCAAGGUUGUCCAGAAUAUUUCGUACGAGUUAGAUUCUGUCAGUAAAAGAAAAUGGGAUCAUAUCAUUGUGAACCAGUUUCUUCGUGAUCUGAGGGAAGCUAAGAAACGCGGGAACUCAGAAAGGAGACACAAGGAAGCUCUAGCAAUCCUAGCUGCAACUGCACCUUCUGUUCCACCAACCUCAAGAAAUGCAACAGUGAGGAAAGAUGCAGGAAGCAAGGUUAUGUCUGCUAGACAAGAGAACAUGCCAAGAGCCAGUGCUGGAUCCUCAAGAAUUAGCCAAUCGUCUUCAUCGCCGCAAGCAAAGGAUUUAUCAUUUUCUACUAAUAGCAAAGUCUCAGAAGAUACCAACUUUGGCAUUUUUGAUCUUGCAAAAUUCUCCAAGAAAAGUGCUCUUCCCUGUGAUAUAUGCAUGCGCUGUGAUACUGUAUUGAAUCGUAUUUUUGUCUGCUCCAGCUGCAAGGCUGCUGUCCACUUAGAUUGCUACCAGACUAUGAAGUAUCCUACAGGCCCAUGGAAGUGUGAACUUUGCCAGGAAAUGCCCUCGGAUUCUGUGAUCUCUGGUAAUCAAUCAGAUUGCAAUGGUGUAAAAGCAUGCUUGGUGCAGUGUGGUUUGUGCCAUGGAACAUCUGGUGCUUUUAGAAGGACUCUGAAGGGGCAAUGGGUUCAUGCUUUCUGCGCUGAGUGGCUAUUGGAGACCACAUUCAGAAGAGGCCAACAUAAUGCAGUCGAUGGAAUGGAGAGGCUUCACAAGGAUAAAGAUACAUGCUCUAUAUGCCACCGCUAUGUUGGUGCAUGCUUGAAGUGCAGUACAGCAGACUGUCAAAUUACUUUCCAUCCUUCAUGUGCGAGAGAUGCUGGGCUUUACAUGAAUACAAAGAGAAUUGGUAAUACAUUGCAACAUAAAGCAUACUGUGGCAGACACAGUAUCGAGCAGAGAAAGGCUUAUCGUCAACAAUAUGGACCUGAGGAGGUCAAGAGCAUGAAACAAAUGAGGGUUGAAUUGGAACUAUUACGCUUCCUUUGUGAGAGGAUUGUGAAGAGAGAAAAAGUGAAGAAAGAUUUGGUUGUAUGUGCACAUGACAUACUUGCUGCAAGAAGGAUUACUUCUGUAUCUUCUAUGUGGACUCCUUAUUAUGCAUCUGGACCUGGAGCAAGUUCAGAAUCUGCCACUACUUCUGUUAAUAACAAAUCAUAUAGAUCGGAUGAUGUCACAGUGAGAUCAGAUGAUGUCACAGUGGACAGUACUGUUACCAAGAAACAUACUGUCAGGUUUUCUCUGCACAACAGGGACACUGAUAGGAACACAGCUGACAGUUCGACAUCAACAAUAUCAUAUAAGCGGAAGUUGGAUGAUGGGGAAUCACUUGCAUUCAAGAGUCUUCCCGAAACGCCAGUUACUGCAUUGGAGUCAGAGGAUGUAGAAAAAAAACCAACAGACAAAAAGCGCAGAGAAACGUAUCAAAAGGAGCUUGUUUUGAGUUCUGGCCAAGCUUUGUUGAAGAACAAGAGCCCUCCGGAGAGAUAUGUUUAUACUCGCCGGAGCUCCCUGUCCAAAAGGAAGCAAUGCGGUCAGCAUGUAGAAGGGCCUGGUGGAUAGCCCCAUGGCUCCAUGUGAUGUCUUGAGAAUAUUCUUUGAAGGUUGAUGCGGAAAGCACAGACAGCAUGCGGGGCUGUCCAUUUUGGCCCUGCCGUAGCCACCAGGGCAGGCAUGGUGGGAUCAGGGUUGGAAACAUGGUGCAAGUGGGUUCUUUUAGCUCAGUAUAUUUGAGCUUCAGACUGGAAGAUUUGACUCAUUGAGCCCAUGUCACUGUGGAGGCCAACGUGCGUGAAUUAACUCACCGAUUUAGUUAUCAAGGGCAGGUUUUGUGCAUUAUGCCCUUUUGCCGGGAUGGCCAUCUGCACAUUAAUUGUGAAGAAGCAAAGCAAUGGUGUUGAAAGAAAGAUCAGAGAAUUGUUGCUAACUGAUGACUUCCAGUAGGCCACCCGUACAUGAAUAUCCAUGUUUAGGAGUUGUAGCAUGUGGUUUCUAAUGUACUAGUUGUGUGGCUUCCAUUUGUUCUGACUUUAGAGAUGAACCCUUGGCGAGUUGGGAGGGCAUUCCAUGUUUGUACAGGCAUGCAGCUCAGCAUUCUGCUGUGUAGGAUUGGUAGCCGAUGUGAUUAACAAAGAUCUGUUAGUAAACUUGGUAGCUGCCAUGCUGGCAUAUGGGUUGUAUUGGUAUCUUGCAAAGGCUGUUACAUGCUGAUGUUGGGUUCGCGGCUUGUAUAUUCAUCGCCUUGUGUUUGUCAUGCUUGUGUUUUGUGAAUGGUCCCUGUAACCUUCCCUGUGUAAUGUAUAUGCAUAUUCAAUCCCAAAUCUCGUUGUGGUGACUUGUGAUUUGUGAAUGAUAAUGGAUAGUGGCCAGCUUUGCACC